UUUCCCUUGCGGGAUUUCUUCUACAAGGACCUUCGGGAAAUUCAUCUUUUCUGAGUGUGUAAUGCAUAAAAAAAAAAAAGUUUAACCAUUAGGCUACUCGAAACCGUCCAAAGCUUAGACAUUUUAUUAGCAUUUCAACUCUUCAGACAUAACUGUUGGUAAUACUAAAUGUUCUAAACCGUCUCUGGUACAGUCUUUGCACACAUCACGGAGCAGCAGUAUAGCCUGACAAGCCAUAUGUCAAUGGACAAGCCAGACCUGCAAGUUCCUUUUGCUGCCGCUAGUAGUAGUAGUAGUAGUAUAUGGGCGCGUCUAGAGUUCUAGGCAGCAGCUGCACUCCGAACGGCUGGAACCGUGUCCAUGGCAACGCGGUCAGAAGUUCCAAACAGUCAGUGCUCCGUAACGUUACAUAACGUUAGUUUCUCCAUCUGCUCCUAAAAUGUAUUCACAAAAUGUCUCAGUUCUCAUGAAUAACGAUCUUCCAUCGACAACAUCUGGGUACCAAGGAAUAGAUGGCCAGAUCUCCCAGAUCCCAGGACUGUCCCCGACCAUCAGCACUCUUCCUGAAGAGAGGGCCCGAGGGCGAAGGGCCGGAGUCCUAGAGAGUGAUUCUGACUAUGUCAAGCUUGCAAAACAAGGAGGGCAUAAGGGACUUUUGUGGCAUGAGGAAACAAGAAAUUCUAAACCUGAUGAAUACCAACCUCCAGGCAGGUUCUGCAUUGGAUCAGGAGAUGACGAAAAACCAAGUCUAAUUAACAGUGAAGAGAAGAAAAACCCUGGAGCUUUUCAACAGCGAGAGCCCCCCUUUGGGACGGACAAUAUGUCAGCCUGGGAGAGGGAUGAUAGCAGCACCACAGCCAAAGAGAAGAACAACAAUGUUCAUUACAGCCAGACGGAGAAAUUGCAGCCAUCCGAUCAAUAUUAUGAGACCAGCAAAUUCAAGAGGAUAGUAUAUGACAAGAAUCCAGCCCCUGUCGACAUGUCUAAGCUGUUGAGCUUUGGUUAUGCAGAUGAGAACAAACCAAUAGACAACACUGAUUUGUCAAAUUAGAAGACUGGCCAGUGCCGUGGGAAAAGGAUGUACAAACUCAAAUGCUUCCAACAGGAAUCGUUGCCAUCCUUUCCUCUCCUUAUUCAUUUCUUUAUUAUCCCUUCAUAUACUGAGCCACAUCAAAUAUUUUUACUUAGUUUCAAAUGUUCUGUCAUGUGAGAUGUAUUACACAAGUGUGAAAGUGCUUAACUGAAUUCAAGCUAGGAUCUUUUAUUUAUUGUGCCUGUUAGCGGUGCCUCAUUAACUGUAUUCCUUCUUUUUUUUCUGUGUUUGUAAAAGGCAGCUUUAAGGAAUAAAAAUGUAAUUGUUCAAAUAAA